AUGCAUCCCCACGCACGAGUCGCUGACAUCGCCACCGGCACUGCAGCCUUCCUGCGCGACCUUGCCCGUCACUGGCCUGACGCAAUCUUAGACGGCUAUGACAUAUCAACUUCGCUCUACCCAUCCGCCAGAACCCUCCCGAGAAACGUGACUCUGCACCUUCUCGACGCCCGCAGGGAUGUCCCCGUCAGCCUCUGGGGACAGUAUGACAUUGUACACGUUCGACUGAUUGCCGCUGGUUUGACCGCGCCGGAAUGGGGGAGAACCGUUCGCAAUCUUGCUAAGCUUCUAAAGCCAGGCGGUGCUAUGCAGUGGGAAGAGUGCGACUUCACUAACGUGCGUCACUUCCCCGGUAGACCUGAUUCUACGACCGAUGCUGCUACUACCAUAGGUUUGAUGUUCUUGACGGCCAUGAAACCUCGCUUCGAGUAUGGCUGGAAUCGAUUGGCGGCCGAGAUGCGCACUGCGGGUCUUGCAGAUGUUCAUACUGAGGCUGUUUCUGCGGAUCGGGUGUAUGAUACACGCCCGCGCUUGACUGCAAAUGGGAUGAGGGCUAUGUUUGCCUGGGCACGGCUUCAUUCUGCUAGGGGAUCGCAGGGAGCGCUCACCAUGCGGCAGAUUGAUGAUCUGGAGCAGAAGGCUUAUGCGGAUAUUCAAUCUGGUUGUUAUGUUACAUUUGACAUCCACGUUGCCUGGGGAUUUCGACCUGAGUAG